AUGAGUAAAUCUCUUGCUGCAGCUACGAGCGCAGCGCUAGCUGCAUGCGCUUCAACUCUAAUUGUGUUUCCUUUAGAUACAUUAUUGGUGCACCACCAAGCAGCAGCAACAAAACAAAAAGAAAAGCUGCCGCAGCAGCAGCAGCAGCAGCAGCAACACAACCCGCUGCAGGCCCUCCUUGAUGUGCUGCAUGAAUUGCUGCACCAGGAAGACGCAGUCUCCCCCACAUCCAGCAGCAGCAGCAGCAGCAGCAGCAGCAGCAGCAACAGCAGCAGCAGCAGCAAAGACAGAACAACUCUGCUGCUUCGUCGCAUCAGCCGUCUAUACAGUGGACUUUAUAUAAAACUGCUGGAGCAGGUUGUGAGAAAUUUUGUGUAUUUUUAUCUCUAUCAGCUGCUGCAGGGACGUCUGGGGUCUCGCGGGAGUCGCUGGGGGCCCCUUAAAUCUGCUGCUGCUGCUGCAGCAGCAACGCAGCUGCUGACUGCUCCUCUCGAUGUCAGCAGCACGCAUGCACAGCUGUCCAGUGAACCCAUACGGCAUAUCUUCUUCCGCAUACUCAAAACAGAAGGCAAUUCAAACACUCCUGCUGCUGCUGCUGCUGCUCAUGCUGCUGCUGCUGCUGCUCAUGAUGCUGCUGCUGUUGCUGCUGCUUAUAAUGCUGCUGCUGCUCAUGAUGCUGCUUCUGCUCAUGGGGUGUCGGGUUUUUACCGAGGGUUUGGGGCCUCUCUUUGCCUCUGUGCAAAUCCUGCAAUCACAAAUGCUACAUUCGAUAACCUCAAGUUGUGGCUGCAGAUGGUGAAUUUGCUGCGCGAGCGGAGUUUCAUGGAUCCGAUCACCGACCCAGACGCACCUAUUGAACGCAUAGGGGUGCUGCUGCAAGCGCGGCUUUUGGAGCGUUCUGCUGGGUGUCAUGAAUCCUUUGAGGGGCAGCAGCAGCAGCAACUUGCCUUGAUAUCUGGGGACACGGGGUCUUCUUCAGCGCCUCUGCGCAGAGGGCUGUUCGCUUAUUCUGAACAUGAAUGCAGCAGCAGCAGCAGCAGCAGCAGCAGCAACAGGGAGAUGCAGCGCGCAGGGUCUGUGGGGCCCCAGCUGCAGCAGCAGCAGCAGCAGCAGCUACAGCAGCAGCUGCAGCAGCAGCAACAGCAGCAGUUGCUGCUGCAGCAGCAGCAGCUGCUCGCACCGCAUUUCCCGCGUGCGUUGUCCUUACACUCUGCAUUAGACAAGGAGCUGCAGAUGCAGCAAUAUGCUGCUUCUCCUGCUGCUGCUGAUCUCUACGAUGAGGCCCUUGCUAAGCCAGCUUCUUUCUGUCUGUCGGAGUGCAGCGAGGUGCAGCAAAAUAUAAAUUUUAAUUUUAAAUUUAAUUAUUUAUUUGGGUCGGUGUUGGCGCAGCAACAGCUGCUGCAGCAACGACUGCAGCAGCAGCAGCAGCAGCAGGUCCAAAAGCUGCAUGAAGAAUGCCGUUUCUGCGUGGGUGUGCAUGCAGCAGGGCGGUGGUGUGUGUACAUGCAGCAGCAACACGAGCAGCAGCAGUUGCUGCUGCAACGGCAGCAGCUGCAGCAGCAGCUGCAGCGGCAGCUGCAGCAGCAGCAGCAGCAGCAGCAGCAAACCCACCACUGCGGAGAGAUGGAGUUGCGUUCCUGA